CUUCCAGCCGCCGCCGCGUCCGCCUCGCCAAGCGCAGCAGCCGCCGCAGCACAUCGCUCUCUCGAUCUCAGCCAUGGCGGAGGUGGAGCAGCAACAGGACACGCCGAAGCUCUUCAACCGCUGGACCUUCGAUGAUGUCCAGGUGAACGACAUCUCGCUGAACGACUACCUCGCUGUGAACGCGACGAAGCACGCGAUGUACCUGCCGCACACCGCGGGACGUUACUCCAAGAAGCGGUUCCGCAAGGCGCAGUGCCCGAUCGUCGAGCGCCUCACAAACUCGCUCAUGAUGCACGGGCGCAACAACGGCAAGAAGGUCAUGGCUGUCCGCAUCAUCAAGCAUACCCUGGAGAUCAUCCACCUGCUCACCGAUGCCAACCCCAUCCAGGUCGUCGUCGACGCGAUCAUCAACAGUGGACCCCGUGAGGAUGCCACCCGUAUUGGUUCCGCUGGUGUUGUGAGGAGGCAGGCCGUGGAUAUCUCACCCCUGAGGAGGGUGAACCAGGCCAUCUACCUCCUCACCACUGGUGCCAGGGAGAGUGCUUUCCGGAACAUCAAAACCAUUGCCGAGUGCCUUGCAGAUGAGCUGAUCAACGCUGCCAAGGGCUCAUCCAACAGUUACGCCAUCAAGAAGAAGGACGAGAUUGAGCGUGUUGCCAAGGCCAACCGUUGAACUGAGCUUGUAUCCUGGUGCACUCUGCGCUGGAAACUUUUAUGUCGCUGGCAGUCGUAUCGGUUCUUGUUUUACCAAUGUUUAGAGUUUUUUGAGACCUAUAUGCGGUUUUGGUUUUCAGUGCACAAUUAAAAUUACUGAGUAAUGUAGUUGAUUGGGAACAGAAAUGUUUGGUGCCUGGUUUACCGAACUCCAGUUCUCUUGUCAUUUUUCUUUAUUCUAUAGUCUGUAUUAUGUAUGCGUAUGAGUAUUGAGAUGAUUCUGCAUUUGAAUUGUCUGCUUUGUUGC